AUGUGUGUCUCAAUUCCCAUACGACCGUUCAUACAAGAUAUAACACAAUCUAUAACGUUAAACAAUUUCCAGCACCUUGCCGUCAUUAACAAAUACCACAACCUUAACAUAUAUUGGCUGGCCAUUGCCUUUUACUUAAAUGACAACAUUGCUAAUGCUUGUACUUCGUACAAAGCUUCAGCUGUAAAGAAAAAGAAACUCCAAAGGUUGAUUGAAUUACUUCCCACAAUGGAA